GCGGUGAGGCCUCACUUCCGGCGGUGGCGACUGGAAGCCGAGGUGAGGCCGGGCCUGGGUGGCGUGGGGCCUGUCCUCACGGACUGCUUGCCCGGACAGGAGGCCUGUCCUCACGGACUGCCUGCCCGGACACGGGACUGGAGGCCUGUCCUCACGGACUGCCUGCCCGGACAGGGGACGCCUCCAGACGUGCCGGGAGCUGCGCGAAGCGCGGCCCCGCCUCAGACUUCCCGCGGUACUGUGAACAAGCCGGUUGCAGGUUGUCCAGAAAAUUUGGCUUGUCUGGCCAGAAUUGCUCCUGGCUGGAAACAAUGAAGCAUCGUUUUGCAUGAAACUUGUACAGGACUGAGAUCAUGGCAUCUUCAACAAACUUAGAUGUCGGGGCUCAGUUAAUUGUGGAAGAAUGUACCACCAGCUACAGCCUUCCACCCAUGCCAGACAUUAAAGUGGAGCACCAGCUUGACACCAGCACAGAGGAAGGCCCAGCUCAGAGUGUCACCAUGGGGAUGAAAUUCAUUUUGCCCAAUAGAUUUGAUAUGAAUGUCUGCUCACGAUUUGUGAAGUCUUUGAAUGAGGAGGACAGUAAAAAUAUUCAAGAUCAAGUCAACUCUGACCUUGAAGUCGCAUCUGUCUUAUUUAAAGCUGAAUGCAACAGCCACACUUCUCCUUCCCCUGGUAUCCAAGUAAGACAUGUUUAUACUCCAUCAACUACUAAGCAUUUCUCACCAAUAAAACAAUCAACUACACUAACUAACAAACACAGGGGAAAUGAAGUCUCUACAACACCUCUACUGGUAAACUCUUUAUCUGUUCAUCAGCUGGCUGCUCAGGGAGAAAUGUUAUAUCUGGCUACACGUAUUGAACAAGAAAAUUUAAUCAAUCAUAAGGAUGAAGAAGGAUUUACUCCUCUGAUGUGGGCUGCAGCUCAUGGGCAGAUAGCAGUAGUGGAAUUUCUCCUCCAGAAUGGUGCAGAUCCUCAGAUUCUGGGGAAGGGGCGAGAAAGUGCCCUCUCACUGGCCUGCAGUAAAGGAUACACUGAUAUUGUCAAAAUGCUGCUUGACUGUGGAGUUGAUGUCAAUGAGUAUGACUGGAAUGGAGGUACACCCUUGCUAUAUGCAGUACAUGGGAACCAUGUGAAAUGUGUUAAAAUUCUUCUUGAAAGUGGUGCUGAUCCAACUAUUGAAACAGAUGCUGGCUAUAAUUCUAUGGACUUGGCUGUUGCCUUGGGCUAUCGGAGUGGUGUUCAGCCAUCUCCAGAAGAGCCAGGCCCCAUCAUGCCCAGCUUAUGUGAUUACUUGGGAAGACAAAUGACAUCAUCACAAAUGUCCCCCCCUUUCCUGCUUCUUGUCCCCACUUUUACACUGAAUUUGGUGCCACGUGGUCUGGAAUAUCCCUUUGGUCAUCUGUCCUGGCUGUGUCUCCUCCCAGCCUGCCAAGCACCCUGCCAGUCCCCUCCCCAGUGUGGCUGCACCAAAAGCAGAAAAGGCCUUGGCUCUGUGCAAGCCCUGCUCAGCAAUAACAAAAACAUCUCUGUAUUAUCAACCCUGUGUUCAGCACAAAUCCAAACACAGCCCCAUGUCAGCCUCUGAGAAGAAAAUUAACUUUAUCCCAGCUGAAACCAGCACAACUUCAGAGGAGUUUACAUAGAAGACUGGUUCAAGAGCUCAAUCUCCAAGUGUUUCACAGAAGUUUCUCAUAAGUGUUUCUUCCUGUUUUCUGUUUGUAGGCUAAAAAUUUGCUUUCCAUGUGCUAUCAGUCUAUUCAAACCAAAGACUGAUGAUGACCCCCAAAAACAUUGUUUGCCUAUCUGGCAGUAUUGUUUUUGCAUUAUAUAAGGCUUUUGUUUUCUGAAGGAAUGCUGACUUAUUCACAGAGUGAAUUUAUACAUGUCUGGUUUUUUAUUAAAUGAUUGCACAGGAGAAGCAGAUAUCUGCUAGAAAAAACAGUAUAACUCUGAAAAUACAGAAAAAAUAAAUACUAACUUCAUAUCUUUCUCUGCUUUAGUUCAGCAGGUUAUUGAGUCUCAUUUAUUAAAGCUACUUCAAAAUAUCAAGGAAUAGUGGUUGGCUCUUCUGCAGGUGCCACAUCUUGGCUU